AUGACGAAUACACAAGAGCAGCAACAAACUUGCCAACCUCUCCAUCGCCCAACAUGGCGAUCAUCAAACGGACUCGGCCGUCUGCGCAACCGCUUCCAGAACCUGCCAACGGAGGUCCUGCUCGUCAUCAUAGAGCACGUCCUCCAGCCCGAGGCUCAAAAGCCGAAAAUGCAAGCCCUCGCGGAGCAUCUCUACCUCGGCCUCCUCAACGACAGAUUCCGGGAGUUGAUCACACCCAUCCUCGAGUCCCACGUGCGCAGCAACUUCUCCCGUAACACAAACGCAAGCAUGGGCACGACCUCACAGACAGAUCCGGGCGGGUUAUACUCGUACAUCCUCAUCCUCUCCACAAUAAGAGGGUUCCCCGAAGGAGUCAACGCAGCCCUGGACCUCGGCGCGGAUGUCAACGCCAAUGACGGCAUCGACAAGUCCCUCGCAGCCAACGAGAUUCUCCACGGCAAGCCGGAACCUAAGGGGUCAUGCUUGACCUCCCUCCACUGGGCGGCCUUUAAUCGUGAUACUGCGAUGCUCCGCCUCUUACUAGACCGAGGCGCCGACGUCCAACGCACGACGCACAGCUCCGUCGACCGCAACCUGAUCCGCACGCCGCCCCCGAAGCCAAACCAUCGCUACAAAAUCAACAUGACGACGCGGGUGAAUGCUCUGGGUUUCGCGCUGCAGGCGAAUUACAGCCUCUUGCCUGGCGGCAUGACGGAGCAGCAGCGGCAGGCGUUUGUGGUUGAUCGCGAUACGCGCGAUGAGGAGGCUGUGAGGAUGCUCAUCGAGGCGGGGUGUCCUGCUUCCGUUAUGGUGCAUCGGGAGCGGGAGUUCAAGGACGCCUGUGAGCUGGGGCGGUGGGGCGUUGCGCGGGAUAUCUUGGCGAAUACGGAGUGGAGGAGAAGGUGCGCUGAGAGGGAUGAGUAUAAUUCGCGACCGCCUGCGCCAUGGUCUCUUAAGCGUGUUGCUAGGGGAAGGAAUCCUAGUGGUGAGCUAUCAUGUGAAUGA